CGUGACGCCUCUCUGACGUCGAGACAGACGGAAGUGAUGCAGGUCGCGUUCCUCGAUCAGUUAAUCCGUUUUGAUGCAAAAUGUCUCUGAACUCAACACAACUAACAUGGUGACACGUACGAUCUGAAACUCACCUUGUGUUACUACUGGCCUGUUGUUGCGUUUGUUUUUCUGUAACACGGAGGAACAUGGAUCCUUCCCGGAGGAGCGAGAGUGACUGGCAGGGGCUGGUCAGUGAGUUUCUAAUUUGCAAGCGGAAGCUGGAGAGCAAGAAGGAAGCUCUUCUGAUUCUGUCUAAGGAGCUGGACACCUGCCAGCAGGAGAGGGAUCAGUACAAGCUGAUGGCCAACCAGCUCCGCGAGCGGCACCAAGGCCUCAAGAAGAAGUACAGAGAACUCAUUGAUGGAGAUCUCUCUCUGCCUCCGGAGAAGAGAAAUCAAGUGAAUUUAGCCCAGCUAUUGAGAGACUCCAGAGAAAAAAGUAAUCAACUUUCUGAGGAGGUGAAGGAGCUGAAACAACGGCUGGUGGAAGCUCAGGGUGAUAACAAGCUCCUACGAAUGACCAUCACCAAACAGAGGCUGGGAGACGAGGAGGUCGGCGCUCGACACUUUCCCGCACAUGAGCGAGAAGAUCUGGUCAAACAGUUAGAAAGAGCCAGAGAACAGAACGAGGUGCUGGAGCACAGCGUGAAGUCGCUCACAGACGAGCUUCAGGAUGUCCGAGCAGAGCGAGACGUGUUUCAGGAGAAGGCUCAUCGUCUCAACGUGGAAAUGAACCACAUCGUGGGCAACGAUGAGAUUCGAAUCCUAGACAUAGAUGCACUCUGCAUGGAGAACAGGUAUUUGCACGAGCGCCUCAGUCAACUUCAGGAGGAGGUCAACUUGCUCAAAACAAAUCUGGUGAAGUACAAGAGCGCCCUGGAGUGUAGGAAAAACUCUAAAAUCUGUGGCAAAGCCAACAGCAGUGCUCUCACAGGGGUGCUCUCUGCCAAACAAGUGAAGGAAUUGUUGCUCUCUGAGGAAAACGGCUGCAGUUUGCCGGUGACUCCUCAGUCCAUCUCAGACCUCAAGUCUCUGGCCACAGCUCUGCUGGAAACCAUCCACGAGAAGAACAUGGUGAUUCAGCACCAACGACAGAUCAACAAGAUUCUUGGAAAUCGAGUAGCAGAGCUGGAGAAGAAACUAAAAACACUAGAGAUAUCUGGAUUAUGGAGCCUGCCAGGCCUGACUUAUAAUGUGUCUCUGGGAAUUUAUGGUAGAGGAAAAGACACUAUCAUCCUGAGCACUCAGCAGGCUGAGUCACCAGAGUCUCCUGUACAGGAAGCUGACAAGGGGCCUGCAGAUAUACCUGCUGAGCAGCAGAGCUCCCCCGAGGUUCAAAACCAAGACGGUGACUCACAAGUUGCAUCAGCUUUUCAGGAAGAGACUCCACCACCAUCCAGCGUGGAGAAGCCCCAGCAGAACCCUUCACACCAUGAAGGGCCUCACACAGAAAUACCAAACAACCACAUAGAGACCACAGUGGAUUUAACUGCUUUAACACUAGAAGAGGAGUGUCUGAGUGAUUCCCUUCCCACGGUGACAGAUGUGAACACACCCCGUCCUUCAGACCCCCACCACUUACCGCUAACUUUAGACAGCUCAGACCCUGGAGGAGGAAGAGGGGAUGAGGCAGAUGAAUACACUGAAGUGGUUGAAACUGUCGAAACUGAGUGUAUUAUCACAGAGGAAAACAGUGGUGCUGCUACGCCCGACACUGUCUCUAAUGUGGCUGCUGAGGAGCAGCAGGAGGACGACGACGCCCGGCCCAACCAGGAGACAGAGCUUUCAGAGGAGACAGAUGUUUGUGUUUGUCAGGAAAUCUGACGUCUUCCAGGAGCUGCAUCAGGAGAAAAUUUAAGAAUAAUUACAAAUAAUGGAUUUAUUACAUAAUGAUACUUUAUUUAUUUUUAUGAAUAAUGAAAUGAAUAAUGUGUGUCAAGACUGAGCUGCUAGGAUCAACAGAUGAUUUGUUAUUGUGUUUCAGUGGCCUCGGCAUGAAAUUUCAUGGUUGUCUAGAAGAAAAAAAAAUCCUUAAACUGAUUAUAGUCCCACCUUUUAACCUCAUUAAUCAUACCACAUGGCCAACAGUAUGUGGACACUCAAACAAUACAACCAAAUGUGAUUGUUGAACAUCUUAUUCCAAAGUUAUGGCCAUUAAUGUGCUGCUCUAACAGCCUGAACUGUUCAGGGAAGGAUUUCCACAGGAAAAUGGCUAAAGAGAUUUGCUCCCAUUGAGCCAGAGAACUGGUGUGGCUGGGCAUUAACAGUUUGUGAUGUAGUUUAUCCAAAAAGUUGUUGGUUUGAGGUCAGAACUCUGUGAAAGCCAUUCAGGUUCUUCCACACCAAACUCAUCAAACCAUUUCUUUAUGGAUGUCACUUUGUGUUUAGCGUCACUGUCAAGUUGAAACAGGGAGAAGGAUCUUUCCUGAACUGGUGGAAGCUGCACAUUCUGUGUCAGAGGUGUGGAGUGGAGAAUCUGUGAAGUAGCGAACGAGGGCUAUGAAACUGUGGCUGGAACACAACACAGGUGUGAAGAUUUAGAUUUGUCUGCAUUCGAUCAUUAAAGAUCAUUGACUUUAGUUGUGCGAAUCUUAGUUCUGACUCAGAGACUUUAAGUUUAAGGAGAAUGUAAUUUGCAUUAUGUUUCUGCUGUUAACUCUCCAGUGGGACACUGAUUCAGAUUUUGUUUUACAAGGAAAUUAUAUUAAAAAUUAAAAGAGGGAGAAAGUGCAAUUGCUGCUGUCAGUUGACCAUCAACAGAAUGCCCAUGUUUCCCCCUUGACAUUAAAUAAACCAACCAUAUUUUAUAAAACACUGUAUCAACAAGUAGACGUUCCACUGUUGUGAACAAUAUUUAAGCCAGGCAGUUUUCUUCUCAGCUGUGUGUGUGUGUGUGUGUGUGUGUGUGUGUGUGGGGGGGGGGGGGGGUCCUGGAGACACCUACUGUAGCAGGAAUUACCACAGAGGUGGUUUUGAAUAAUUUGGCAGGUGGUUAUAUGUCUCUCCGUCUGUGGACAGAUGUUUGUCAGUGGGACACUGUUAUAACUGUGCAAGAUACAGUCAUGUGCAUUGCAGUUGACAUCAAAAUGAAGGUCUAGUUGGAGGAUGAGCUUGGUCCAACCCAUGAGUAAUGGCUAAUGUAGUACUGACGACUGAAUACUGAUGGGAACCUCAACAUGUCGCAACUGGAGAGAUCCCAUCUCAAGAUGAUCUCUAGUUUCUUUCUGCAAACAUUAUACAAAUGUUUCCAAACAGAUUCUGUCUAGAAACUUUUAAGUUUUUUUUUUUUUUUUUAAUUAAACAUCUCUAAACAAGUUUUUGUUUUUUGAAUCAUGAAAGCACAAUAUUAAGAAAGCUAUAUAAAAUCCUGCAUGACAAUAUACAAUUAAUUGAUUAAAGAGAACUGCAUUUUCUAUUUUAAUCCAUGCUUUUAUUCCUUAACAGACAUUUUUCAAAGCAAAUAUUUGAUGAUUUACCACAUGAUUUGUCAGUUGACACUGAACAAACAGAUCUUAGUUUAGAAUAUAUUAUAUAUAUACAGAAUGUAUUAGUCUGUAACACACUGAAGCCACAUCUAGAUUACCAGCACUGAUAUCUUGUGUUUUUGUAACUCAGCAGAUAGUAAUUACAUAGAGACAUAUGUGUUUUCUGUAAGUGUUGAAUGUGUACAAAUGUGGAUUUAUUUCUGCAAAAUAAAUAAUUUUCAACUAC